ACCCCUCCCGCCCCCGGCCCUCUCGCCCCGACCCUCCCCCGGUCCCCGCCUCGCCCCGCCGGCUUCCCACCACGGCCUCUCUCGGCGAGGAAACUCUGGCCUCCGCUUCCUCCUCCUCCGACUCGGACGCCGGCGGAGCCUCCCCGCCCCCGCGGAAGAAACCCCGAGCCUCGGCGGCGGAGGGAGCAGGAGAGCCCGGGGCUUCGGCAGGCAGAGCAGGCCUCUCCCCUCCGUCCUCGUCGUCCUCGUCCUCGUCGUCGUCGUCGUCCUCCUCCUCCUCCUCCUCCGUGGUGGUGGUGGUGGGACUGCCCCCGGCCGCUGCCCCCGCCGCCGCCCCCCACCGAAGUAGCGGCCACAGCCUGGUCAGCGGCAGCAUCAUGCAGGCCAACGGGGCAGGAGGAGGAGGAGGAGGCGGCGGCGGCGGCGGCGGCGGCAGCGGAGGGGGCGGCGGGGGCCAGGGACAGACCCAGGAGCUGGCCUGCCUGUCGGCCCAGAACGGGGAGUCGUCCCCCUCGUCGUCGUCGUCCGCGGGGGACCUGGCUCACGCCAACGGGCUGCUGCCUUCCGCCCCCUCCGCCGCCAGCAACAAUAGCAACAGCCUGAAUGUCAAUAACGGGGUCCCCGGCGGGGCCGCCACUGCCGCCGCCUCGGCCGCCGCCGCCGCCGCUGCCUCCUCGGCCACCCCAGAGCUGGGCAGCAGCCUCAAGAAGAAGAAGCGGCUCUCCCAGUCCGACGAGGAUGUCAUUAGGCUAAUAGGACAGCACUUGAAUGGCUUAGGGCUCAACCAGACUGUUGAUCUCCUCAUGCAAGAGUCAGGAUGUCGUUUAGAACAUCCUUCUGCCACCAAAUUCCGAAAUCAUGUCAUGGAAGGAGACUGGGAGAAGGCAGAAAAUGACCUGAAUGAACUAAAGCCUUUAGUGCAUUCUCCUCAUGCUAUUGUGGUAAGAGGCGCACUUGAAAUCUCUCAAACGUUGUUGGGAAUAAUUGUGAGGAUGAAGUUUUUGCUGCUGCAGCAGAAGUACCUGGAGUACCUAGAGGACGGCAAGGUCCUAGAGGCCCUUCACGUUCUGCGCUGCGAGUUGACGCCCCUGAAGUACAACACGGAGCGUAUUCACGUCCUCAGCGGGUAUCUGAUGUGUAGCCAUGCAGAAGACCUACGUGCAAAAGCAGAAUGGGAAGGCAAAGGAACAGCUUCCCGAUCCAAACUAUUGGACAAACUACAGACGUAUUUGCCACCAUCAGUGAUGCUCCCCCCCCGGCGUUUACAGACCCUGCUGCGGCAGGCGGUGGAACUACAAAGGGAUCGGUGCCUAUAUCACAAUACCAAACUUGAUAAUAAUCUAGAUUCUGUGUCUCUGCUUAUAGAUCAUGUUUGUAGUAGGAGGCAGUUCCCAUGUUAUACUCAACAGAUACUUACGGAGCAUUGUAAUGAAGUAUGGUUCUGUAAAUUUUCCAAUGAUGGCACGAAACUAGCAACAGGAUCGAAAGAUACCACAGUUAUCAUAUGGCAAGUUGAUCCGGAUACACACCUGCUAAAACUGCUCAAAACCUUAGAAGGACAUGCUUACGGCGUCUCCUACAUCGCGUGGAGUCCGGACGACAGCUACCUUGUUGCUUGUGGCCCAGAUGACUGCUCUGAGCUGUGGCUUUGGAAUGUCCAAACGGGAGAGCUAAGGACAAAAAUGAGCCAGUCUCAUGAGGACAGUUUGACGAGCGUGGCUUGGAAUCCAGAUGGGAAACGCUUCGUAACUGGAGGUCAGCGCGGCCAGUUCUACCAGUGUGAUUUAGAUGGGAACCUCCUUGAUUCCUGGGAAGGGGUGAGAGUGCAAUGCCUUUGGUGCUUGAGCGACGGGAAGACUGUUCUGGCAUCAGACACACACCAGCGGAUCCGGGGGUACAACUUUGAGGACCUUACAGAUAGGAACAUAGUACAAGAAGAUCAUCCCAUUAUGUCUUUUACUAUUUCCAAGAAUGGCCGAUUAGCUUUGUUAAAUGUAGCAACUCAGGGAGUUCAUUUAUGGGACUUGCAAGACAGAGUUUUAGUAAGAAAGUAUCAAGGUGUCACGCAAGGGUUUUAUACGAUCCAUUCAUGUUUUGGAGGCCAUAACGAAGACUUCAUCGCUAGUGGCAGUGAGGAUCACAAGGUUUACAUCUGGCACAAACGUAGCGAACUGCCAAUCGCGGAGCUGACAGGGCACACACGCACAGUGAACUGUGUGAGCUGGAACCCACAGAUCCCAUCCAUGAUGGCCAGCGCCUCAGACGAUGGCACUGUUAGAAUAUGGGGACCAGCACCUUUUAUAGACCACCAGAAUAUCGAAGAGGAAUGCAGUAGCAUGGAUAGUUGAUGGCGAAUGUGGAGCAGACGACUUCUGUUUAACUUAAAAUUAGUCGUAUUUUAAUGGCUUGGGAUUUGGUGCAAACAAACAUGAUUGAUAGCUGGACAGACAUGCUCGUCAUGAAAAAAGAACCAUUUCUGAAGCCCGAUUGGGGCCAAACAUUUACACCUUGCUUCAUAGUAACCAGUUGAGAUGAAGCACGUCGUUAGAACGUUGUUGGACACCAUGUUGAAUUAUCCCCCCAUCGGUUGUGAAGAACUGUGCUACAUUCAGGCUUACCCAUUGAACUCAGUAUAUAUAUUUUUUUCCCUCCUGCCUUUUGUCUGGUGGGAUACCAUUCUUGUUGCUCUUCUGUGUAAUGAAGUUUAAAUGCUUGUUUGGAAAACUUUAUUUAACAGUUUAGAAGGCUUGAUAGAAGGAGUGCAUUAGUCUGAAGAGUAUACAUUGGAUAGGAAAGAAUUUCCUUCUUUUGUUUCUCCAAAAUCUUUCCGCCUUAUUUAGCUUGAGAUCUUUGCAGCUUGGUUCAUGGAUUCUAGCCUUGCCCGUUGCGCAGUAUAUACUGAUCCAGACGAUAAACCAGUGAACUAUGUCAAAAGCACUCUCAAUAUUACAUUUGACAAAAAGUUUUGUACUUUUCACAUAGCUUGUUGCCCCGUAAAAGGGUUAACAGCACAAUUUUUUAAAAAUAAAUUAAGAAGUAUUUAUAGGAUUAAAGUGACUUCAUUUGUAUACAUUUGGAAUCUAAACCAGCUUCAAAAAGUUUCCUCUCUGAUUUAGAUAUGCAGUAUAACUGAUGCUCUUCUGGAAUCCCAUGUGAGACUUGCCCAGAAACAGUGCUUGAAGGACAUUGCCCAGGAAAUCCAGAGUCCUGCCGUGAAGGUGUCCCCCCCCCCCUUUUGUUUUAUUCCUGAUGGAACAUCAGUACCUGAUGUUGAAGAAAUUCAAGAUUCGAAAAGAGAAUUUUAAAUCUCUACCAACAGGAGAAAUCAGGAGUCAGCUUAGGUUUGCAGCAAAGCCCGUUCCAAGCUGUUCCUGGCUUGGGAAGGUGUUCUGGUGCAAUCCCGCGGGAGAGCGGAGAUGAGGCAUAACCACUGGGGAAGUUCCUAGUCUCCUUGAGCUUGUCAGAAGGAUUCAGCAGGUUCCAGACAGACCGCAACUGGGUUUAAAACCUCACAGUCCUUGAUCUUAAUGGCCCUUGAUAUUCUGACCUGUAGAGAUACAUAAAUUGACAGAUCGCUCCUUCUCCGUUUUCCCGAUAUUGCCAUACCAAGCCUCAUUCAAACUGGUGCUGUGGGUAGUCCUUGCCUCCCCUCCCCCUUUAGUUUAAAGAACGGUCUCCUUCAAGGAAAAGCACUUUGAAUCUUGAGGAUUUCACAUUUAGAAUAAGCCAAAAGCCUGAUGUUCACAUUGUGCUUUUAAACCCCAUUAACAGCAGAAUGCAGCUGACUUGGUCUCCUUCCAGACUCCCUCCCCUUCUCUGCAGAAGCUCAGGGAAGGGGGGGAAACCACAGCUGUUACGCUGGAAGGAGGAGUAGGAGUACCCCCAAGAUCAGAUUCUGGUGAAGAAAGGGGCUUGUACUAAGUCCCCUUUGGGGUCCAGCCACACCUGCAGUCUGUCCAGCACGAGGAAAGGCUUGGGUGUCAGGAACCCUCCCAUGGGCACGGGGCAGGGCCAGCCCCAGGGACAGGUGGGCAAGUCAAGGAGGGGAGAAGAAAGACAAACACAAUUGGCCUUAAAAUAGCACGGAUUCUCCCAAAAGCUCAUAGUAAGAGAAAGUGACCGUGGUCGGCAGAUAUUUUAUCAAAUUGGUAUGUAAAAGAUUUCUUUAAGCUCCAUUUUGCAGAGACCACCACUUAGAGAAUCAAGAAUUCCUGUUUUGAUACUUCUGAGUUACAAAUAACUAUAUGUUACAGUUUAUCUGGUACUUCACUUUUCUUAACUCAAAUUACUUUUUACUUUGAGCUUGAAUAAAAGUCUUCAUUGGUAACUGUA